CGAGCGCACGAAUUUGAUGGCUUGGUCAGCGGAUAAGAAAACCUGCUAUAACUUGGAGCGGCACGCCACCUGAACCGAGUUGGAAACCGCAACUCCUGGCGUAGGGGCGGUGGAAAGAUCCGCCCAUCGUCGCCUCCUCCGCCUUUUCUUUUCUCUCUCCUCUCUUCCUUUUCUUUUCCACCACUAGGCGUGCGUAUCUCUGAGCCCCUGCGUGCCCCAAAGAAAAGGUUUCGAUCCCGUUCUUGAUCGCUCCUACUACCACGCGAGAUGGAGGAAGAUGGGGACGGACGAGGGGAAGGGACGGUGGAGGACGAGUCGCAGGUCCGCUGCCUCGAUCUGACGAGCUUCCAGCUUCACGAUCUCGGCGAGGUCGAGAUCCCGGAGAGCAUCGAAGAGUUGGAUCUCACGGCCAAUAGGCUCACCAAGUUGGACCCGCGGAUUGGUCUCCUCUCGCAUCUCAGGAAGCUUUACUUGCGGCAAAACCUCUUCGAUGACGAGGGCGUUGAGCCCAUCUCCCGGUGGAAUACCAUCUCUGGAUUACAUGAGCUGGUACUCAGGGACAACAAGCUUAGAAAAGUACCUGAUGUUGGCAUUUUCAAGAACCUCCUUGUAUUUGAUGUCUCAUUCAAUGAGAUAUCUUCAUUGAAUGGUUUGUCUAAGGUAUCAAACACGCUAGAAGAACUUUAUGUUUCAAAGAAUGAAGUAACCAAGAUGGAGGAACUUGAGCACUUGCAUGCACUGCGAAUUCUUGAACUUGGUUCAAACAGAUUACGGGUAAUGGAGAACCUGCAGACAUUGACAAAUUUGCAAGAGUUGUGGCUUGGAAGAAAUCGUAUCCGCACAGUGAACUUGUGUGGACUGAAGUGUAUCAGAAAAAUAAGUUUGCAGAGCAACCGAUUGACAUGCAUGACAGGGUUUCAAGAAUGUGUAGCACUAGAAGAACUGUAUCUGAGUCACAAUGGUAUUCAGAAAAUGGAAGGUUUAGCUACCUUAGUAAAUCUGCAUAUCUUAGACAUUUCAUCAAAUAAACUUACUGCUAUCGAGGAUAUUGAGAACUUGACAAGGUUGGAAGACCUGUGGCUUAACGACAACCAAAUAGCAUCAUUGGAGGGCUUAGAAUCAGCUGUAUCGGGUUCAAGGGAGAAGCUUACGACCAUAUAUCUAGAGCAUAAUCCCUGUGCUAGCUUUCCAAAUUAUUCUACUUCUUUGAGGAAGAUUUUUCCAAAUCUUCAGCAAAUUGAUUCAGAUAUAUUAAUGUGAGGGAUCAAAUAGCGUCUUGUUUGCAGAGCAUUGGAGUCAGUCUUCAAGAUGGCUUCUGAUACAUCUUCUUUGUACAAGUUGGUAAUAAUCAUUUGAUCCUUUUUUUCCUUGUUACCCCGCACCACCUUGAUUACGUAGGGUGCAUGCCAAACACACUCCCCCAUUAAAUGUUGUUAUCCAGCUGUUCUGACAAAACAGGCUAGUUCUGAGACAUAAAUGAGAUGGUAUCCACUGCAUAGAAACUGAACUAAGUUUGCUAUUUGCUUUUCUAACAGUCUGCCAGCCAAGAACUUGCUAGAGUUGUUAUUUAAGCUAGCUUUCUGCUACUGCUUCUAGUUCUUUUUCUGCUUUUCUUCUUAGUACUAGAAUUGGAACUGUAUUUCCAGGCGUUUCGCCAAUUGCCUACCAGAUAGAUGCGUGCAGAAUUGAAUCAAAUAUUUAUCCUAUCAUCAAGUGAUAAAGACUAGAGAAUUGUGGAUGCUGAUCUGCCUGUCUCGUUCUGUUAUUUUUAUUUAACGAAGACAUCUGUGUAUGAAUGAAUCCUUUUAAUGCUAUCUACUCUGUGGGAGAUUGUAUUUCAUAAACCAGUAAUAUUCAGUUAUUCAAAUUAUAGUCUCCAUGUUUAAAAUUA